UGUCACUGAAAAUCAAAAUAAGAAAAUAAAGAGGAAAUUGGAUUUAUUUAUGUACUUGAUGGGUAUAUUUAAGUGAAAUUGUUUUUAUUUAUUUGAUUCCAACUGACUGAAUGUAAUGUGAAUUGGAACAAGGAACGUAGAUUUAGACUUCGCACAUUGUGAUAGUGGGGAACAAAUUGAUUUAGAAAUUAAUCGCAACUCUCCAUAUGCAAUGGCUUGGAAACUUGGGAUAUCAACCAAAUCGGGAACAGAGGCUGCUAUCGAUGUCUGUGACUAUUUUACCAAUGAAGAAAGUUGUGGAUCCGUUUCAGGGCUCAGUACAAACCAAGAUAAUCAGUACACUCAAUUGCGAAAAUCAGUUAUGAACGGCGAUGUAGGGUCGGUGGAGUCAAUCAUUAAAUCACAAAACGACAAUAAAUGGAACAUUGAUAUGGCAGCAGAGGAAGGCAGUAACUUGCUGUUUUUAGCGUGUCAGUUGGGUCACAAAAAGAUUGUUGAAUUAUUGUUCAAAGCAGGAGCAGAUGGAAUGACAGCAUCUUGUUCGUGUUUAAUUUCUGCCAUCAACGGUGGCCACAUCGAGGUUGUGCAAUGUAUUUUAAAUUCAGUACCUGAGCUAAUUCAGCAUUCAACCUUAGAGCAUUGGACACCAUUACAUGCUGCUUGCAUAAAUGGUCACAUUGACAUUGUUAAAUUAUUACUGUUUUACGAGUAUCCCGACCACAUUUUAAAGUCGUACAGACGCGACUUUGACGACGAUUCAUGGGAAUGUAGGCUAGCAUUCGAUCCAAAUACUCAAGAUGUAACUGGACAAACCUCAAUGUAUGUGUCGUGCUUACUAGGCAAUAUAUCACUAAUUUCCACAUUGCUGUCGUGGAAAGUGAGAUAUGUCAAGGCAUCAACCAUGGGAACAGAUGAUGAAGAAGAGAAAUUUCAUUGUCCAUUUUUGCUGAACAAACUAUGUGGUGCUCCAAGGGAGACUGCACUGUUAGCUAGUGUGCGUGGUGGCUAUACCGGUGUCGUGAAACUGUUGCUACAGAACGGCGCUGAUCCAAAUACAUACUCAAAACCAGUAGACGAUCAAAGCAUAAUCGAACUAUCAAAUUCACCGAUUGCCGAAGCAGCACGUCAGAAGUUCUAUGAAAUUAUCGAAAUAUUACUGGAAAAUGGUGCUAGCGACUCAUCAAAUACAGCACUCUCUAUAGCUGUUGCGAACAAUGACGACUAUAUACUCGGUAGACUGCUAUCAGUGAGCUGCUAUGCAGAUCCUGAAUUUAAAAUUAACAAAAAGAAAAUGCUCAACGCAUUCGAAAGUAACAUUGGCCGGAAAUCCGAUUCGAACGUAACGUACAGCAAUCUAUAUCCGGUCAAUGGAGUUAUCGUUAACUGGCACUUCAGCAAUUGUCAGCUUCCAUACAUCAAGGAACAAUGGCUUACGGACGCUGCCAAAUUUGUAAAUCCAAAUUUGAUGGUCACCGCGUCGAUGAAAAAUAAUGUGCUCGGUGCGAUUACGAGGAUAGAUCUUUCGCAUAAUUCGUUGACAGCGAUUCCUAGUGAAAUAUUUUACCUGUGCAGUUUACGAUACCUUAAUUUGUCACAAAAUAAACUGGAAACUCUCCCACAAGAAAGUGCUACGUUUGAUUGUCCGUUCCUUGAGGAAAUUUACCUGCAAAACAACAAGUUAGAUGAAAUCCCUGCCCGAUAUUUCCUGUUUCCCGAACUGAAAACUCUGGAUGUUUCCAACAAUAAAAUACAAAAAUUGCCGAAAGAGAUGUGGAAAGCGCUUAACUUAAGGGAUCUAAAUGUUGCCUUCAAUUUGUUGAGGAGCUUUCCGUUGAAUGAUCAACAGCCAGAAAGUCCGAUGGAAAUACAGCGGGCAAAAUCAUUUAAUGACAGCGAACCUGUCGUCAACACUAAACGCCAGAAAUUGAUGAAACUCGACAUGAAGCAUCUGCCCGUCUGGAUUGACAAUUUGGAAAUCACCGAAAACGAUUUAUCAUUCUCGAGUUUAGACUGCGGACAGCUACAAUUGACAAACCUAAAUAUUGCCAACAAUCUAUUCACAAGCAUUCCGGCAUCGUUGCCGUGUCUAGCACCGAACUUGACAAGACUAAACAUUUCUUACAAUAGCCUAAGAACAAUGGGAUAUGUUACAAGCUACCCGGCAAGCUUAAGACAACUCGAUCUAAGUCAUAACGAAAUAACGUGUUGGCCAAGUUUACCCAGAUUGACAUCGUCGGAUCCACAUUUGAUGUGUUACAACAUUGACUGUUCAAGAACAACAGCCUCCUCUCACUCAUCAUCAAAUUCGAUACAUAAGAACGAAGAUGUGGAGGAUGUGUCACGGUCGUUAAGAAAUGUGGUGCUAAAAAGUGUCUGUCACCAUAGAAAGCAUUUGAGAUUGGAAUCGUUGCGAACGCUUAUUUUGAGCGACAAUUCGUUAUCGCGAAUACAGCUGACCACCGACGAUAUUGAAUUGACCGAUACCGAAGAGAAUGACUGGAAUAUUGUGGGAACAUCAAAAGUUCGGCUAAUGUUUCCAAACUUGUCCAUGUUGGACAUCAGCAACAAUUGUCUGAAGGAAAUUCCUUCGAAUCUGUACGAGUUGAGCAACCUCAGUGUCUUGAAUAUAAGCGGAAACAUUGACAUAACCGAUCUUCCGGCAAAUAUGGGUCUGUUAUCAAGACUGUGGAACUUGAACACCAAAGGAUGUUCAAUUCAAGGACCGUUACAUUCCAUGAUUGAAAGCGGAAAAUACAAGACCAUGGACAUCAUCGGCUAUUUGAAGUCAAUUUUUGAAGAUGCAAAGGCAUACGCGCGUAUGAAGUUGAUGGUUGUCGGUGUUCAGGGAAUCGGAAAAACGAGUUUGUUGGAAUUGCUGCGACAAGAGAGUACAGUAAAAAAUAAGAAAGGCGCGGAUCACUGGACGAGGCGAAUGGGAAAUAGCACUUCAAAAAGCGACAAAUACUCAAACAUUUCAACCGUUGGCGUCGACAUCAGUGACUGGGUCUGCGAGAAGAAAGUGAAAGGAGCUUCACAGCACGGUCCGGUAGUAUUUCGAACAUGGGACUUCGGAGGACAAAAAGAAUACUACACGACACACCAAUACUUUCUGUCCAAGCGAAGUUUGUAUCUAGUCGUAUGGCGUAUAUCAGAUGGGAAGCAAGGCCUGACUGCCAUUUUACAGUGGCUGUCAAACAUUCAAGCUCGUGCACCAAAUUCACCUGUGAUCAUUGUGGGUACUCAUUACGACGAAAUCGGCGCAUCGAUAUCCGUUGAAGAAGCAAUGCUACUGCAACAGACGAUUCGCGAGAGAUUUAUUGUUGUGAUGGACUCCGAAAAGCUCGGUUUGCCGAAGGUGUUGGAUUCGAUUGAAGUCAGUUGCAAGACAAAAUACAACAUCCCAGUGCUAGCUAAUUUGAUCUACGAUGCUGCGUUUUCGUUGCGAUUGCCCGGUUCCAAGGAACUGAUGUUGUACCAGAAAGUGCCUUCCACCUACUUAGCAUUAGAAGAUGUCAUCAGCAAUAUUUGCUAUCAGUUCAAGAGCAGUGGAACGGAUCCGGUUCUGAAUUUCGAAGGCUACAAACACCUGGUCACGCAAGAAAUGCUGUACAACAACUACAAGACUUUCAGAGACACAGAGGAAUUACAUCAAGCAACGAUGUUUCUGCAUGAUAACGGUGUCAUUCUUCAUUACGACGAUGCGACGUUGCGUGACCUGUAUUUUCUGGAUCCACAGUGGUUGUGCGAUGUUUUGGCGCAUGUUGUUACCAUAAGAGAGAUCAAUCCAUUCGCCAGGAAUGGACUGAUGAAAAUCGAAGACCUUCAGCAUAUUUUCAAGAGUUCGUCCGCAAUUGCUAAGAAUCAGUACAGUUACAUCGUCACAUUGCUGAAUAAGUUCGAAGUUGCCCUUAGCUGGGAUUCAAGGACGCUAUUGAUCCCUUCGUUACUGCCAGAUGCAGAAAAAAGUGCGAAUGAAGUCGUGAUCAAGGUUUCCCAAAAAUCAUUCCAGCAAAGCAAAUCGUAUUCCAGUGAAAAUGACCUCCUCUCGUACGCCAUUUCUUUCGAACGACAAGACAAGUCAAUAACACGAUUGCUGCUAAUGUCCUACUUCCCAUCCGGUUUCUGGUCCAGACUGAUAACAAGAAUCCUGGCCGAUGAUCAAAUAGUUAAUGCAAUCGGCAAGAUCUACACAACGCCACGAAACUCGGAUCAAAUCUAUAAAAUCAGUGACAUGAAAUGGCAACUAUGGCAAUGCGGUAUAGCACUGUAUCUGCAAGACAAUUUAAUAUUCAGAUUGCACGAAGUGUCCAUGCAAUGCGAACAUUCGAUAUUUCGAAAACCGAACAUCAACUUUGCUUUGAAGCAUGACGACAACUGGUCACCGAUUGCAAUCAGCAAAUCCUGUUUGAUGGAAAUAUUUUUCCCAAUGAAUGUGUUGUGUGUCAGUGCAUCGGACGACAGUGGCAAAAGUGUUAAAACCACAAAACAUGAAAUUAGUGUACAAAAUCUCACACAAAUUUUGUCGAUAUGCGUCGAUCACAUUGACAUUCUGCUGGAGGAUUGGUAUCCAACAUUGGGUACGCGAUUCGUGCACACAUCGGAGGGUCGAUUCUUGGUGACACGACUAAUUCCUUGCCCGAAGUGCUUUAGCAUCAUUUCCAGCGGUAAACCUCAAACUCCGGAUCAGAACAAAAAAGUUUACUUGUGGAUGAUGGAAGAAUGCAUACUGGCUCUCUAUGAACAAAACUACUUGGAAUGUCCACUGCAUGGAAAAUCAAAUAUUUCUGCAAUAGCACCCGAUAUCAUGUUUCUGGAUUUAGACGAAGAUUACCUGUUGAAAAAUGAAGAUAUCGUUAAAGGACCCCUAAUCGGUAGAGGUGCAUUUGGUUUUGUAUUCAAAGCAACUUAUGCCAAACCAAAAGGUACCAGCUCCGAGCAUGUUGCAAUGAAAAUGUUACAACCAUCUGGCCAGGUGUAUCAAAACUUAAUAUCCAAGACCGACAUAUUUGCCUACAAAGCCGUACUGGCUAGAUGGAAACGUGAUCCACUUCAGCAUUCCUGUAAAGCAUAUUGCAUGGCUAGGCAGGAACUAGCCGUAAUUUUAAUGUUAAAACAUCCGAACAUUGUGUCUCUGGUAGGCAUAUGUGUUCAACCGCUUGCUCUAGUAUUAGAAUGGGCUCCGAGAGGGGCUCUCAACGAAGUGAUUCGAGAAUUUCGACGUAAUGGUGCAAAAAUUGGUAUCUACACUAUGCAAAACGUUGUGGUGCAAACAUCACGAGCGAUUGAAUAUCUGCACAGGAAUCAUAUUGUGUACAGAGACUUAAAAGGAGAAAAUGUUUUGGUAUGGAGUUUUCCAACGCCACAUCAAGAGGAUCUUCCGUCAACUAAAAUUAAUAUCAAAAUCGCAGACUACGGGAUAAGUCGUGUAACUUUACCGUCUGGAAUUAAAGGCUUUGGUGGUACAGAAGGGUUCAUGGCGCCCGAAAUAAUGAAACACAAUGGAGAAGAAGAGUAUACGGAAAAGGUGGAUUGUUUCUCGUUCGGAAUGUAUUUGUAUGAAUUGAUUGCGUUACGUCAACCGUUUGAAGGACACGAGGCCGUCAAAGAAUGUAUUUUAGAAGGAGGACGACCUUUACUCUCUCGGCGUGAGACAAAUUUUCCUUGUAAUUACUUGGAUUUGAUGGUUCUUUGCUGGGAUCAAUUACCUAAGGUACGUCCGUCUGCUAGCCAAAUUGUUUCGAUUGCCAGUGCACCUGAAUUUCCUCAUCUCAUCGAUGUCGUUUCUCUGUCUCACGAAAGUAAUGUACUGGCUGUGUCAGGAAAUUGUGAAAAUUUUCAUGAUAGUUCCGCCUUCGAAAUAUGCUUAGCAAAUUCAAAUCACCGCGUUGAACUACUGUGCAGCACAAACAAUCGAUGGCUGAGCCAUCAAAGAGUAACAAGUCAUCUGUCAGCGCCGAGAGCUUCGAAAUUUACAGCCAUUUGUACGGUUGGUAAUGCAAUAUGGAUUGGUGAUUCGAAUGCAAUCAUUCAUGCGUACUGUUCAACAAAUUUCAGCCACAUUUUCUCAUACGCCCUGGAAACGAACACCCAGAAUGCAGUCACUGCCUUAGUGAAUCUGGACAAAAUCGAUCGUGUGGCUGCAACGUUAGAAAAUGGAAGAAUUUUCAUUUUGGAUUCAACGUUGAUUCCAUUAACUUCUGUGCUCGGCGAAGGCAGUUUUGUGUUGAGUGAAUUGGGUGCCACUGGAUCUUUGCUCUAUUCGUCGUGUGUGAUAUGGCAUUCGGACGAUGAUAUGGAAUGCGAACUGUGGUGUGGCAUCUCCGAGGCGAACAUCAACGUUUUUUCGAUCAAACAAUCCGUUGUGCUGGAGUGUAAAACGUUGUGUCAUUUCGAUUUGGCUAAUGACACAUUCGUAUCAUUAAUGGUUACGUCGGAGAGUUACGUUUAUUCGUACGUAUCGCCCGGCAGCACCCUGUACCAAUGGAACAAUCAAACGAAGACAAUUAAAAAUCGAUUGGAUUGCUCGAAAUUGGUGCCAUGCUCGGAAAGUCUGUGGAGCAUAUCGAUUGAGGAAAAUUUGAGCCCAGGGAAGUGUCAGAUAUCGGCACUCUGCGUUUUUAAUAUGUUCCUGUACAUCGGUACUUCAUGGGGAUGUAUUAUAGUCACCGAACAAGACACCUUGAGGCCGAUAACGAUUUUCCGACCAUUUGAAGAGCAUGUGAUGUCAAUCGUGCCAAUCCACAAUGACAAGGAUGGUAUACCGUUAGUUGCUACAUUUGGACGAGGCUACCGACCUUUACUCAGCCGGUUCACAGAUGGUAGUCACAAAUACUCCGUUCUGGAAACUAAUUAUGCUACUCAUGCCAUUUUGUGGCGAGCUGAUAACUGGAUACCAGGAUAAAAUGACAGACAUCUUUAGUUUAAACGUUCCUAACAACAUUACCAAAUUAUUUAUUUUUCGUCUUAAAUUUAUGUGUUAUUUUCAUUGACGUUAUACUUGUAAGUAGUAGAGUUUUUGUGUUCUGGCUAAAUGGCACUUUUAACAAAAGACUAAAUAAAUUAGAGAAUAAAAUUGAAAAUAAAA